UUGACCAAAGACUUUGGGGUCAUUGCGGGGGGAGAGGGUACAGGAGUUACUAAGGGAAAAAUGGGAGUGGGGUCUCAAAAGUGAAUUCCCGCUUUGUUUCUGAGAAGCAGAUAGAAAUGCUCUUUGGAGAAAGUAAAUGAGGCCUGCGCUCAUCUCGAUUCCUGUGUGCUCGCAGGAAUCAUUUUGACAUAGUUACUCCACAGAGUUCGUUAAAUGCUAGUUCUGGGCUAAUCGGCCCUUAGGUCUUGGACUUCCCGUCUCCUGUCUGCUGAGCAGUGCCACGCCCUGCCCACGGCUCGCAGCCUGCGGGCAGCGCUAGAUUUUCCAUCUCCCUGCGGGGACCCAGCCAGAACGCCCUGAGCUCAGUUUCUUCACAGUGGUCACGUCAUCUUGUCUGCAUUGUUUCUGCUUGGUGUUUUGAAAGUAAAUUUAUUAUUUCAUCCAAAAGAGUUACCGCUUAUGUGCCUAAAAUAACCUUUCUACUGGGCAACGGUGCCAUUGUCACCCCUCAUGUUUCUGGUCUCUAGAUGCUGUUAGCAUUGUCUCUGUCCCUGAAGGUUUCUCUCUUCAAGCAUCCAGAGCCACCCACCACCACCCUGUCUGGGCAGUUCCUCCAGGAGUGGAAGGGCCAGUCCGUCCCUCGGGCAGCCAUGACCGCGGCCGUGGCCAAGAGAGCGCUGGGGCCCACCCAGGCCCGGCCGGGGGAUGACUACUACAGGUACACCGAGCUCCUGGCCAUCUCGCAGCGCUUCAGGCAGAGCCCCAGCGAGCCCAUGGCCGCCUGGAUCCUGCGCGUGUACGACCAAGGCGGCUCGGCCCUGGCCCUGACCGCCCAGGAGCUGACGCUGCUGGGUACCCUGACCAGCGACGCCGUCUUCAACUACCACUGCAAGGGCCUGCAGGGCAGCUGCAAGGUGCUGCUGGCCUGGCUGCUGCUCGCCUGGCGCCAGCGCUGGAAGUCCUUCCUGCACUUCGAGGGCGCCGAGCUGCCCUUCCGGCCCUGGGCCACCAUGGAGGAGGGCAUCCAGCUGGUGCGCGAGCUGGGCAUGCUGGCCUGGGUCUACCACGAGCCCUCCUCGCCCCCCACGCCCGAGCAGCUGCCUCGGCCUGCACCCGAGGACUUGCCCUUCACGCACCACCUGCAGCGGCACCUGCUGAUAGCCGCACCCCCUGAGCUGCGGGUCACACUGGUCAGCGUGCUGGUCAAGGGCAUGACGGUGCUGGAGGCGGUGAUGCAGAUCCGGGCCAUCGCCGACAUCGGCCUGCUCUGGCGCCACAAUCAGCCGGGCCCCGCCAAGCUCACGUUGGGACCCAACCCGACGCGCAAGGACCUCCUGGCCUGGCUCCUGAGCCACGGCGUGCCCAAGGAGAAGGUGGACAAGCAGCCCACCAAGGUCCUCCUGGAGCUGUAUGUCAAAGAGGCCAAGGGCUGCCAGAGCCACCUGGCCCACAUGCUGGGGGAGGAGCAGCCCGCGCCCUACCCUGACCAGGCCUGUGGGGAGGAGCAGCCCAUGUGCCCCGACUAGGAGCGGGGGGCCCGGAGCCGGGGAGCCAGCAGGGCGGGGAGUGGAGUCCUCGGUCAUGACGCAAAGCCCUGAGCAUCCCUGGGGUGGACUGAGGGGCCUCACACCUGCUCUUGAGCUUCCUGGGGGCAGGUGACCCCCACAUAGUUUUUGAGGAGCCCAGAAGGAUGUGUCCGGGCCCCGAGCCGUGCUGUGAGCAUCACUGGCCAGAGCUGGUGGCGGGAAGCAGGCUGGCUGGGCACACAGUGGCUCCUUGGAGGCCCUGGCAGGUGCACAUUUCAGCCCAAAUGGUGUGAUGGGUGGGCACCCACCCCUCCGCCCCACGGGCCCCCAACGCACUGCAGGCCCAGGGGGGAGGCCCCCUGGGCUACACCAUGAAGUCUGUGCCCUUUUUCCUAAGGGAUUUUUGUGUAUUUGUUUUUAAUGCAUUGUUUUUACUUAAUAUUUUAAGCAUAUUAUGCACUUUGGAACCCUCUUUCCUCUUGUCAUGGUUUUUCUCUUAAGACUGUUUUGUAGCUCAGUGGGUUGAGUACUGACCUGUGAACCAAAGGGUCAGCGGUUUGAUUCCCAGUCAGGGCACAUGCCUGGGCUGUGGGCCAGGUCCCCAGUGGGGGUCGUGCAAGAGGCAACCAAACGACCUGUCUCUUACAUCGAUGUGUUUUCCUCCCUUACUCUCUAAAAAUAAGUAAAUAAAUUAUCUUUUAAAAAAGAA